GAACGGUCCACUUACUUCCAAAAUGUCUUCCAAGGCAUCUGAAUUCAGAGUUGGUCCUAAUAGAAAAUCAAACUCAUCAUCAAUUAUAUCAUCCUCCUGGUCACCUCAAGCUGGCGAUCCCACAUUGUCUGCAAGAAAAUCAGGGCUGUCGUCAGAUCCUCAGUCAGUAUCUGCCUUCGCGCCCUUAAAAUCCAUUCCACGCAGCAAUCAGACAUCGGUACAGUCCUCAUCAUCAGGAUUAUUACAGUCUUCACAGUGGAUGGACCAAUCACCGCAGUCGGUGGCCACGCCCCCGCCAUCAACAGGGGAACCUAUGAGCAUUGCGACCAAAAAGAACUGGACUGCCUCACAACCACAGGCCUCACCAGCAUACAGGCGAUCGCCUUCUUGGAAUGCCACGCCCCCCUCUAUAUUAUCCUCGUCACCCCUGUCUUCAUCCUCGUCCGCUUGGACCUUAUCAUCUUCUUCUGCAGCGGCACCGCCUCAGUCGUCGCAGUCCUGGUCUGGUCCACAUCAUUCCACGCCCCAGGAUCCAUCCUGGAGGGUGUCCCCAUCCGUUACCAAUGCUGGGGUGGAAUCAUGGGGAAAGGAUUACUUCCCGAAUCCCAGCUUAACAGAUUCCAGGAGACAGGAUGCAGUGUUAACAUCACCGAUAGAUCCCACCGUUCAGGUAGGAGUUCAAUUUGACCUAGUUCUGGCAAAUUUUAACCAAAUGUUCUUCUUAACUGGUUGUUUGCCUUAUGUCAAACCCAUAACAUGUCACUACAGGAAGUUUAUUAUUAUUCAACUUUGAAUGACUCAUUAUUAAUCUUGUCAAGAUUUUGUCCUUCCUUGUGUUUCAUAACUUUUUAAAAUUUCCAGUUUGACAUGAAGCCUUUAUCAAACUUAAAAUAGUCGGCCUCAGUGUUACACCCUUGUUAGUAGAAAGAUGCUUCUGACAUUUCAACUGUUUUCCUAAUAUGUUUGUCCAGGAGAAUCAAAUAAAUUUUUAUAACACCAUGAGAGACACAUUCAUGGAAAGAUGGUGUUCACACAAAUUUACCACUUCCCUCUACAAAAUAAGUAUUUAAUUUUGCAUACACCCAAAUUUCUUAUCAUUAAUUCCAGAGAUAAUACAAAUACAUUUCCAUAACUUUGAUUUCACUGAUCAUUAAUUCCAUAGAUAAAUCAAAUACAUUUCCAUAACUUUGAAUUCACUGAUCACUAAUUCCAUAGAUAAUACAAAUACAUUUCCAUAACUUUGAAUUCACUGAUCAUUAAUUCCAUAGAUAAUACAAAUACAUUUCCAUAACUUUGAAUUCACUGAUCACUAAUUCCAUAGAUAAUACAAAUACAUUUCCAUAACUUUGAAUUCACUGAUCAUUAAUUCCAUAGAUAAAUCAAAUACAUUUCCAUAACUUUGAAUUCACUGAUCACUAAUUCCAUAGAUAAUACAAAUACAUUUCCAUAACUUUGAAUUCACUGAUCAUUAAUUCCAUAGAUAAUACAAAUACAUUUCCAUAACUUUGAAUUCACUGAUCACUAAUUCCAUAGAUAAUACAAAUACAUUUCCAUAACUUUGAAUUCACUGAUCAUUAAUUCCAUAGAUAAUACAAAUACAUUUCCAUAACUUUGAUUUCACUGAUCACUAAUUCCGUAGAUAAUUCAAAUAGAUUUCUAUAACUUUGAUUUCACUGGAAUUAAAAAAGUUUUCUUAGAAUUAAGUACCAGCACCGACAUUUUUAAAAUCCUCAACUUUCUUAAGCCAAAAGAAAUCAUACCAAUUCCAAAGAAAAAUAAGGUAGCUUGCAACGACGACUUACGACCUGUUGCACUUACCAACCGCAUUUAACACUAUCCAACCACACCUUAUGAUAAAGAAAAUUUCCUUGUUAGGUGUUAAUUUAAAUAUUCAGGCUUGGAUACUGAACUUUUUAACAAAUCGACCACAAUAUGUCAAGGUAAAUGACCAAUUAUCUCUAACCAGAGAAAUAAGCACCAGGGCACCACAAGGCUGCGUUCUCUCCUCUGUACUGUAUACAAUAUAUACCAAUGAUAUUCAAAGCUCAAGCGACCCCGUUGCAAUCUUAAAAUUUGCUGAUGAUACCACCAUCAUUGGCUUAAUAUCUGAAGGAGAAGGCUUAUACCGCAACUUAGUUACAAGCUUUAUCAAUUGGUGCGAUGAAAAUUUUCUCAAGCUGAAUGUCUCAAAAAUAAAGGAAAUUGUUGUUGAUUUCAAGAGGGGGGAACACCAGAUUACAAAUCUCAACAUAAAAAAAUAAAAAAUGUAGAGAAAGUAGAGGCAUAUAAGUACUUAGGUGUUAACAUUAAUAAUAAGCCAACAUGGCAUGAGCACGGCCAAAUGCUGUAUAAGAAAUUCAACCAAAGACUGUUCUACCUCAAUAGACUGUACAAUUUUGGCGUAAACAAACAAGUCAUUAACUUAUUCUACAGUGCAACAAUUGGAAGCCUACUUAAUUUCAGUAUUACCUGCUGGUGUGGGAAUUCAACGUCUGAUAUUAAACACCGCAUAAACCAACUAACAAAGAAAGCUGGGAACAUAACACAAACUAAACAUCCUUUUCUGGAAGAACUAGUUGAAGAAAGAUUUUAUUGUAAAACUAAACCAAUUUUGAAUGAUACAUCCCACCUUCUUCAUCACAGAUACUUAAGAUCAGUCCUUUCGGGACAAAUACUUUCCGUCAGAGCGAGGACUGAAAGAUAUAAAAAUUAUUUUGUUUCCCAAUCUGUACGAAUUUACCAGCGUGCUCCCCCAGAAUUAAAAAAUCUUAAUGAGAACUACUAAGUCCCCGAUAUGGCUAAGAGAACUCACGGAAUGGCUGCUAGUGAAAAAAUAUUACAAAUGUCUUGUGUUCAAAUUGUUCGUUUUUUUUAUAUGUGCUGAAAAUGUACAAUGCAAUCAUAAAACAUUUCCAUUUGUUUGGAUCAAUAAAAGAAUCUUAUCUUAUCUUAUCUGCUUAGAUCUAAUUCAAAUCACACAAAUGUAGGUCAGGAUUCCUUUCAUUGAAAUUAUUUAUUGUCAAAAUUUACUUGAGAGGUCAGAGAGGUCAAUGCUUUAAAUAUCAUUCCAUUAAGUAAUGCAAAUGGCUUCCUACCCCCUAGCAAAUAGUUAGUGACUUUCUUGUGUAAUCAAAGAACAUUUUGUUAGUUCCAUUAUCAACAAAAUGUUAUGAAUGUAUUUAAAGGUUCCUGUAUUUGGGUAACCACGAUAUGUGAAGAUAAUAUGAAAGUCCCUUCCAAUGUUUACUUUAUAUGCGUAUAAAACUUACCUUUUUAUAUUUUUAAAUAGAACUUCUCAGGGCAUCAGCACUAUGGCUCUCUGGAGUCAACCCUGUAUUCAGCACAACAUGAUGAACCACUUAAUACUAACAAUGCCACUUAUGGAACGGGGUCACAGCCAGACACAGACUUGACUGAGACAAGGCAGGAGAACCUUAUUCAAGGUUUUCUCCGUCACGUAUCGGCUAACACCGCCAGCUUUAACCAGGAGCUGUCUGGAUUUAACCUGGGACAGCAAGACUUUGCUUACUUAGAGAGAGGGCUGAGGCAGGCACUUUCUCCCACUGCACUUCUCUCGGCAGUGGAAGCAUAUGAUGACAGUGGACAGGACACUGGUGCCUGCCAAGACAGCUCCCUUCAAGACAGCAUCAACCUGGUCCACACCGUCAACUUAGACAUGGAGGAGGGAAAUCUAGACGGGUCUUCAAACCUGGGCCUGGUAAACCUUAACGGUCACCCAGCGACUCAAGUAAACAUUCCGAGAAACAUGGAUGGUCUGACCAAAACAUCUCAAUCUGGCAUGCAGUCACUGAUGGAGAGCGACCUAGGCAGCACCACUCUUAAUGACAGCACAUCUUCUAUAGAUGGCACUUCGCUUGUUGGAAGCCCGUUGGCUAAAGGGAUCACCGAUGGGGAGGAGAAAAAAGAGGAGAAGAAGGCCAUGAAAGAACGAAAGCACCAAUACGAUGUAAGUUUAUGAAUUUGUAUGAAUGCUGAAAUGUAUUCUUUAGAUGAGAUGUGAUGUCACGUGUUACGAUUUCAUUAGGCGGCAUUCACCACAAGUUGGGCAGAGGAAAAAUAGGACAUCGUCAAAAUUAAAUUCUGUAAUGCUCAGACUUUUUCUGGGUGUGACAAAAAUAAAAAAAUUAUUUCUCCAUAGAGACCCUUCGUCAACACAUGGAUAAAAUAAGCUUUUAAAGUGACCUGAGCCCAGGUCCUAUGUUUUUCCUGUAAUUUAUUAGCUUUUUUUAACAUAGUAUUUUUAUAUUUUUUAUUUUUUACAAUGUAUGUAUGCAGUAGAAUUCUUUUUUUUACAAAAUUGACCAAAAGAUUCUAUUAGACACAAUUAAAUGACAGUGUUAAUAUGCUUAGAUGUAGUCACAUUUCUGUUCUGAUUUUAAUAACAGCAGUUAAUUAAUAACAGGACUUAUAUAUUUCUUGUCAUUGUAUAGUUAUACUCUCAUUUUAGUCAUAAAGUAAGAACAUUUUUAUUAGUUACUUUUUUAAAAAAAAAAAACCCCACCAUUUUCAUUUUACCUUUCCACAGAUUAUUGUCAACGAUGGAGUAAGGAAAUUCAAAUGCAAAAUUUGCAACAAGUCAUUUGGAAAGACGACUAUAUACCGUCAUUUGAGAAUCCAUGAUUCAGAUUACAGGAUCUCAUGUACACUGUGUGAGAAGCAGUACACGCAGAAACACUCUCUCAUGCUCCACAUGCAAAAGUUUCAUGGAGAGGUCAACACAAGCCUUUUGUCACCAGAUAAGAAAGGUAUUGUUUGAGAUUGUUGCUGGCCUACGUCUAGCUUAAAAUUGUAAUCUAGUCAGAGGAUAAGAAAGAGGAAAAAUUAUAAAUUAAAUGGUUAUAAAAGAUAAAAAAAAAUUAAAAUGUAGACGGCAGGGUGGAGGCAAGUCUGUAAGACACUUGACCAGCAUGUAAGUCUGUAAGACACGUGACCAGCAUGCAAGUCUGUAAGACACUUGACAGCAUGCAAGUCUGUAAGGCCUUGACCAGCAUGCAAGUCUUGUAAGACACUUGGCCAGCAUGCAAGUCUGUAAGACACUUGGCCAGCAUGCAAGUCUGUAAGACACUUGACCAGCAUGCAGGUCUGUAAGACACUUGACCAGCUUGCAAGUCUGUAAGACACUUGACCAGCAUGCAAGUCUGUAAGACCUUUGACCAGCAUGCAAGUCUGUAAGACAGUUGACCAGCUUGCAAGUCUGCACUUUACCACAUGCAAGUCUGUAAGACUAGUUAUUCGAAAUGAAAAUUUCAUUAUGAAAUUAAAUAAAUUUCAGCUAUCCCCAUAAAUACAGCUUGCAUUAAUCAGAGCAGAAUCACAAAUGUCAGUUCUGUCACUGCACAAUCUUGUUUUAAAUCAUAACAGAGGUGAAGUGGUCCAAAUAGUGACUAAUAUUUUAUUAUACACAAUCAUAAUAUGAAAUACAUCUCAUGAAAAUCUGAACAUACUUGAAUAUUUCAAUUUCUAGCUUAAGGAUAAUCUUCUUUACUUCUUAAACUUAAUAAUGUAUCAACACAUUAUAGACUGUUCAAUCUUCUCCAAACAAACUACAUGAAUCGACUCCCAUUUUAUUCAACUCCUUCCAUUGUUUUUCACUCUUCUCUGAUUGGUCAGUUUUCUCAAGUUCUAAUACUCUGUAUAUUAUUUAAGUAAUAAUUACCCUAUUACUUAUCUCCCAUAUAUUCAUAUUCAUAUAUGUGACAAAUUCUCUGGCUUAAAUUUUAAGAAAGUUAUUAAUUUUUUUAAAACUCAAGAACAGUGUGAAAUCUUAGAGCAGGGCAGGUGCUAGGGGAUGACAAAGUGGGCGUCCGGCGGGGCGCCACACGUUUCUGUAGUAUAUUUAUAAUAUACCUAAGUCUACUAGUAGUUCCUUUUCCAGUCAACACAAUAUUCGGAGUUAUUAGAUAGUCAAAUGGUCUGAAGGUAAUCCUGGCUGCCAUACUAUUGCUUUGAGAUGAAUCUCGGGAAGACCUCUGGGUGCAUGUUAGGCAGACGAAAUGGGACUAUCAGGGAAUUUUAUACUGUAUAUAGACCCGUCUUAAUAUCCUAUCUGCGGAAUAUAUAACUUCAACUGCCCAGCAAAAUUCAAUUUGCAGAAGGCCCCGGACCCUCCUAGCGCCGGCCCUGCUUAGAGGAUUAGUGUAGAUUUGAAGUGAAGCCAGUUAUACAUAUCACAAACUCAAUCUUUUCAGGGUUGUCACAAAAUGUAAAUAAUUUAUUCAUUCAAAGAUGUAAAUAGGCAUUUUUUUCAUACAAAAAUGUAAAUAAACAAUUUAUUCAUUCAAAAAUGUAAAUAAACAAUUUAUUUAUAAAAAAAUGAGCCAAACCAAAAUGUGGAUAAAAUAUGAAAACGGAGACAAAAAAUUCGGUUUUAGCUUAAUUUAUAAAAAAUAAAUGAGUUGGAAAUAUAAUUUUUAGAUCAUUUUAAAGGAAAAUUAAAGUUUAUUAUUGUGAAAUCAGCCUGCAGAGGAUAAAUUAAAAUUUAUAACUAACUAUAAUUACCGAGUCUUUUUUAAAGUGAGAAAUACUGAGUCUUUUUUAAAGUGAGAAAUACUGAGUCUUUUUAAAGUGCAGAUGUCAGUGGAAUUCUCUACCAAAAAAUAAUGAUGAAAUAAAAAUAUCCUUAGCUACAGUAAAAUAUUGAUUGAUAUCCUUUUUUCUGUUCAUAUAUGAAGACCCUGGAGAUACGGCCGUAAAAGAAGAGGACAAGACAUCCCCAAACAAGCCGAGUGAGGCCAAACGUCAGAGACGUUCAUCUUCAACGGCCGACCCUCUGGCGGCCAGUCUGGAUGAGAACGAACUCUUGAAACAGAAAGAAACUCACAGGCAGGUUGAGGAGCUGAGGAGGCUGAAGGCAGAGAAGAAAGCUCAUGGGAAAUCUGGCCUGCACUCGGCAGACGAUGCGUCGGCCAGGGAUGAUGGGCUGUCUCCCUGUAAAGAGGGUGAAGGGGAGUUUCCUGUUAAAAACUUUGGUAUUGUGCGGGCGCCCCUUACAGGACAUCAAACAAACAUUACGGAACUCUCUAACACUGUGCCUGACCGAACAGAUGUUGAUAAUUCUGUGGGUUACAAGGGCGCCUCCGGCGGGAGUUUAGGACCACAAGUCGGUUCAAGCCAGACGGCCCCACAGAUACUCUCAGGUUCAAAACCACAGUUUCAGCUGAACUCUCCGCUGCCAGUGAUGUCCACAAUAGCUCCAUUUCAAACUGUAGACCCUGCUUUAAAGCCCGUCUCUACCCCUGCCACUGGCACCCCAGAUGAAAUUCCCAACAACUGGGAUACGGCACCGGGCGUUGCCUCGGAGAAAUCCUUCCCCUCUCAGGCAGAUCUCAAAAACUUUUUAUGCACCGUCUGCAACACCCAGCUGGUAUCCAGGAAUGGCUUUACGCUUCACAUGCGUCGGCACAAUGUGGCCAAGUCGAAACUGUGCACCAGCUGCGACAAAAAGUUCCACACCACCACAGAACUGAAAACUCACAUGCGCACGCAUACGGGAGAGAGACCCUUUAAAUGUGAAUUAUGCUAUAUGAGUUUUGCCCAUUCCGGCUCAUUUGUCUGUCACAAAAAGGGGCAUACAAACCGAGGUGAGCUGGAGCCAUUCCCCAUUAUUGAUGGACAAAUAAAGUACCCUUCCACUUUUAGGAAACCUCGCAUGGAGGGAAUCAAGAAAGUGCUUGGCAAGGGAGGCGAUCAAAAAAAGGAGCCCAAGAAGAAAACCAACAAUGAAUCUCAAGAAGUCGGGGGACACGGUGUCAGCGAUGCUGAGCCGAGUUCCAUCCCAAGGCAGGAUUCACUUUCUGGGGGGCAUCACACCAGUGUCAUCAGAAAGAACAGUUUGGACGGCUCAUUUGAGAAGCACGCGGUCUCUUCUAGGAAUGAUUCAGACCUACCACGGAAGCUUGGCCUAAACAGCCAGGACAUGAAUUCUAGCGGUGACGGAGUCAUGGGGUUGAGUGGCCAGAUUUUCAACCCAAAUGUGCCAGCUUCCUCCCGCGUGAAGGAUGGCGGUGGAUAUCUUCAGGCUGGGGAUGGUUACUCUACACCCCAGCAGGAUAUUGUGUCGGGUUACUCGACACCCCGACAUGACAUCACUUCCUCUUACUCAACACCUCGUCCAGAUGUGACUGGGGGCUACUCUACCCCAAACCAGGUGGAUUAUUACAGUGGUCAAUCUGGCUACAGCGAGACUUCCCAGCAAAGGAAUUUCCUGUCCCCCCAGGCGGAAACAUCUUCAUCCCAUAGUUACUACAAUCAGGAAAAGUAUUAUGCCAGGGCGGCAAGUGGUGACCAGUUCUCACCUGGCAGCAGCAGUGGUCAACUCAGGAGCGUACCUGUCAAUCUGGUGGUGGACAAGAGCCAGCACUACAGCGAGGGCAUGCAAGGGGAAUACCCAGAAAGUGUCGAGACGGCAGAUGGCUACUAUUCAUCCCAGCAGCCCUAUCAGUACGCCAUGCCUCCUGGGGAUGCCGACUACGAGCAAGAGGACUACGACGGUGCCCUGUCCCAGUAUAAAGGAGACCCGUCAUCGUCCGAGAUCGUCAAGAAGCUCCUCCAGCACUACAAUGUCCCCUCAUCCACAUACCAGGAGGCCGCCCCACUGGAUUACAGCCACCAGCUGCAAGGGGCCCCCGACUACUCCAGGGCCAGCGGUGAGACCGCACCUCCCAUCUAUGCGGAACAGGAACUGGGUGUGGCCGCGCCGCCCUCCUACAGUGCCAGCGUUCAGCAGAAACAAUUUUAUGGCAGCCACACAAACACCCCAGAGUACGAUGGCACGUUGAUGAUGUCGUCAGACCGUGCCGCUCCUCUGCCUAGCCCUCAGGGUUCCAGUUUGCAGACAGCACAGGAGCGUUCAUAUUCCCGUAGCACAGCUUCCAUCCAGCAGGCUGAGGCUUACAGCUUGGAGCCCAGGUACUCCACUGCAGAUAACUUUCAUGACGGACAAUACGCCAGGUCACCUAGCCAGCCUUACACUCAAACUUAUGAAGUGACUUCUAGGGAUUAUUACCAGCAGGGGUUGCCAAAAAUUGAGAGUCUGGCGAGGGACACCGACCCCAAUUCCAGGGAUCCCGUAACAAAAUCUCAAUGAUCUCUCAUGAGAUAGUUUUCUUUUCUGAGCUUAACAACUUCUGGUGUUUUAAAAAAAAAUAUAUAUUCAAAUUAUUGAAGUUGCCACCGACGGGUGCAGUUAAUAACAAUUUUACAACAAGGACCGGGAACAACACAAUAAACU